AUGGCCCGCAACUCGGACGUCGCCCCCUACAUCGGCAAGCUCUCCCGUAGCAAGCUCUUUUCUAAGAAGGGCCUCUACAAGCGUGAGCGCAAGUCCGCCCCUGCUGCUCAGGCCACCGAGGAGCAGAAGGAGCAGGGCUACUACCCCGCCGACGACGUCCGCAAGGCCAAGGCCUCGCGCAAGUCGGUCAAGCCCACCAAGAUCCGCGAGUCGAUCACCAAGGGCACCGUCCUCAUCCUCCUCGCUGGUCGCUUCCGUGGCAAGCGUGUCGUCUGCCUUGGAAGCCUCCCCUCCGGUCUCCUCCUUGUCACCGGCCCUUUCAAGGUGAAUGGUGUACCUCUCCGCCGCGUCAACCAGGCCUACUGCAUCGCCACUUCGACCAAGGUUGACGCGAAGUUCAACGACGCCUACUUCUCGAAGGACAAGAAGUCGUCGACCAAGGCGACCGAGAAGGAGUUCUUCGGCGAGAACAAGGAGAAGAAGGAGUUCCCUGCCGACAAGGCCGCCGACCAGAAGUCGGUCGACAAGGCCGUCCUCGCGGCCGUCAAGCAGACUCCCCACCUCGCCCAGUACCUCAACGCCACCUUCGGCCUCUCGCGCGGCCAGUUCCCCCACCUCAUCAAGUACUAA